UCGCCGAAGAUCUUUUCCUUUGGAAUCUCCACGACUCUGGAUCUUCCUAAUGUGAAGCCAACUGAGACCGUGUCCAACAUGUCUCGCCGCAAGCAGGGCAGACCUCAGCACUUAAGCAAACGGGACUUUUCUCCCGAGCCUCUUACGGCAGAUUUCCCCGUGGACGAGGAAAGCCAUUCCGGAUCGGAACCAUCCACCCCCAAAGGCGAUCAGGACCUUCUCACAUGUGGCCAGUGUCACACCAGGUUUCCUUUGGCUGACAUUCUGCUGUUCAUCGAGCACAAACGCAGGCAGUGUCAGGGCAGCCUAUACAUGGACAAAUGUUCGGACGAGCCGCCGUCGCCCCCGCGGCAGGCCUGCAUCCCAGUGGAGGUGGCGGUUCAGGUCUCGCCCCGCGAAGGGGAGCGUUUCGCCUCCACGCCGCAUGGAUUACGACCCAAGCAGGAGACUGUGACAGAAAAAGAUGAGCCCAGCAGCUACACUUGCACAACUUGUAAGCAGCCCUUCAUCACCGCCUGGUUCCUGCUGCAGCAUGCCCAAAAUACACAUGGUUUCCGAAUAUACCUAGAGAGUGAACCCGGAAGCCCGUUAACCCCUCGUGUGGCCUCAGCUCCAGGCAUGGGUGGAGGAUGUGCCUCACAACCACCUUUACAUGCAGCCCACCUGGCAGACAGUAGUCCCUAUAGCUUGAUGAGGAUAGCCAACAGGGAUGGCUCAUCAGUUCCUAGAGAGGGCCGAUAUCCCAGGACGCCCCCGCUUUUUAGUCCCCCGCCACGGCAUCACAUGAGCCCAGAUGAUCUGGCUUUGGCCCCCCACCACCCAAGCGCCUUUGACAGGGUACUGCGUCUCAAUUCGGUGCCCUUGGACUCCCCAUCUAUGGACUUCUCAAGACGUCUACGGGAACUUGCGGGGAACUCUGCCGGAUCCUCUCCGCCCAUGUCACCCAACCGUCCCAGCCCUAUGCAACGGCUGCUACAACCAUUCCAACCAGAGGCUGCCCAUUCUCCAUCCGGACCCCAUUCAACGCCCACCCAACAGACGCCAACCGUGCCAGCUGCGAAGUCAAAGUCUUGCGAGUUCUGCGGGAAGUCCUUCAAGUUCCAGAGCAACUUAAUCGUUCACAGGCGCAGUCAUACCGGCGAGAAACCCUACAAGUGCCACCUCUGCAACCACGCUUGCACGCAGGCCAGCAAGUUGAAGCGUCACAUGAAGACUCAUCGACACAAGUCAUCCUCCACUACCUCCAGAUCCGAUGAUGGCCUUUCGACCGCCAGCUCACCCGAACCAGGCACAAGUGAUUCACUGAGCAGUGCCACCGAUGCUUUGAAAUCUGUGGUGGCUAAAUUCAAAAGUGAGAAUAAUGGCAUUCCUGAAGAUGGAGAGGAGAUGGAAGAAGAUGAGGAGGAAGAGGAAGAGGAAGAAGAGGAGGAAGAGGAGGAGGAGGAAGAAGAAGAGGAGAAUGAGAGUGAGACAGGAGAAAAGAAUAAUAUCAACUUCAGCUUGAGUCUGGAAGGUGCACAUCAUCAUGAGAACAAUCGAGAGCGGUACAGCAUAGGUGAAGGGGAGGGCGUUCAGGUUUACCGGGCUCCCCUAAACCUAUACAAACGUGGUGACCACCGAUCGACUGCUGAGACAGGUGCCGACGACUUCUCAAAAGAGUCUGACCAAACCAAUGGGCCGUACGUACCCACCGUGAACGGAACGGCCUCCUACCCAAACAAUGACCUGUCAAUAAAACUUCUGGGUCGAAGUCCUGUUUCCGACAGGCCUCUCUCCAAACGCAUCAAGGUGGAAAAAGACCUUGAUAUACCUACCCCUACACUCCCCAAUUCUGAAAACGUGUACUCUCAAUGGCUGGCGGGAUAUGCCGCGUCGCGCCAGCUCAAGGAUCCCCUCCUCAACCUCGGGGACUCAAGACAAUCGCCUUUCGCUACCUCUUCAGAGCAUUCCUCGGAGAAUGGCAGUCUCAGGUUCUCCACUCCUCCCGGUGAGCUGGACGGAGGGACGGCCUCGGGACGCAGCGGCACUGGGAGCAGGGCCAGUACGCCCCAUCUUUCCAGCAGUCGCUCUAGCUCCAAGGACGGCCGCCGUAGUGACACUUGUGAGUUUUGUGGCAAGGUCUUCAAGAACUGCAGCAACUUAACAGUGCAUCGGCGCAGCCACACGGGUGAGAGACCAUACAAGUGUGAGCUUUGCAGCUACGCCUGCGCUCAGAGCAGCAAGCUAACGCGGCACAUGAAAACGCACGGACAGACGGGCAAAGACGUUUAUAAUUGCGAGAUUUGCCACAUGCCUUUUAGCGUGUACAGCACUCUGGAGAAGCACAUGAAAAAAUGGCACAACGACCGUCCCUUGAGCAUCGAAAUUAAGACGGAGUAAAAUUACUACAGGAUUAUUUAAGGCACAGUGUCCGCUAAAUACGCCGGGCACAGAAAUUGUUAAAAUAUGACGCAAGACUCUGAGCCUCUCUAAUGUGCAAUAACUUAACGUUUUGUACUUUUUCUUACUGGUUGGCAUGUAUUAGUGUGUUCGCUUGAUAAGCGUUAGCUGUGUUGGUACUGUCUUUUGUCAAACAAGACAUUUCAUGCUGCAAACAAUUAUUUUUACAUAUCAUACUUAGUUUUAUUUGUCAUUUAAGCUUGUAUUAUUACGACUACCUAUACAUUCACACUGGGGUUUACACUGUUCAUUAGGGGACUAAAUGAACUUUAGGGUUACCAGCGAAAGUUUGAACAGUGACAUUUUACUAAAAUACUAAAAACGUGAAUUUUAACGUUGCUUGUGAAAAAGAGUGCCUUGGGUGCAUUUGUGUUUUUUUGUUGCCAUAAGCCUGGGGAUAUUGUUCAAUGCAAAAUUAGGUUCUUGCAUCAAGUACCUAUUCACUAAAUGCAGGAAUUCAGUAUGCUGUA